AUCGACGUCGACGUCGGCACGUCGAGCGCAAUGAGCAGCAAGCGCCUCACCGUGAACCCCUUCGAGGAGUUGGCGCUGACCGCCGAAGACCGAGAAAAGCUCGUGGGUAUCGCCGACACCCUCGUCCUGGCAAACUUCGAGAAGUACAAAGAGCAUCUCAGCAACGACAAGCGCGUGGAUCUCACGCGAUGGAAGAAACACGCGACUUCAGGCGCCACGACGACGUAUCUCGAGAAAAAGAGCUCCAACCCGGACUCCAAGUUCCCAGAGCUGCUCAUGGUCGGCCCGCUGCCUGGAACUCUGGACGAAAACAUGGUUGGGUUGAUGAGCCCAACGCUCGAGUCGAUGCGGAUCAAUGCUGCGGCUGUACUCGAUUCCGUCGUAGAACCGACUGUGGAGGAGCCAUUCCGCUCUGUCGUGGUCAAGUGGAUGGAGUUUGACAUCCCCGGAGCGUCCAUUGGUAUCGCCCGCAACUGCGACUACGUGUAUCUCGAGAUCGUUAUUUGUUUUCACAUGGGCAAGAAGGCCUCCGCAGCACUCGUUGCUGUGCGGGACGCCAUCGCCCUGAGGAAGUUCCCUCCUGAAUUGCAGCUUCCCGAGAAGAAAAAGGACUCACUUUUCUCCUCAUGGCACGGCCACCCUACGCUCGCCUGGGCCCCGGAGUGCCUUCGCACUAGCCGCGUUCCAAAAUGCGUUGUUGAGGGGUGUCUGUGUGAGCCAAAAGUGAAGGAGUAUUUGCAGCGGGGGAUCAUGGACCCGGGAGGUGACAUGAUUCGCUCGGUGGCGGUCAUGGGCAUGGUGCAGGCGACAAUGGCGGGGGUUAAGUACUCGUAUUGCGGGCAGAUGAAGAAGCUGGCGUGGCUGUUGGAGCAGAAGCACGCGAGGGUAAGAGAACGCGGGGCUCCAGAGGUCGGCACGACGUGUGUGACGUGCUCCAAGCCGAUCAAAAGCUCGAAACUGGGCAAAACCAACACGACCUGUAAACUCUGCUUCGGAGCAUUGUGCGGGUCUUGCAAGGUGGCCAAGAAGCUGAGUUUUAUUACCCUGGAUCUACAGUUGUCCAAACGGAAGGUGGAUUUCUGCGUCAAGUGCUUGGUGAAGGCCAACCAAAUGGAUACACUGGAAGCUGCGCGACAGCAGUUCGUACACAAGGAGCCCGUUGAGUUGCCGCCGAACUGUGGAACUCUACUCACCUCCACGAUGAGUGUGAGCUCGGACAGUUCGUCCUGA